AUGGUGGUCAUGCGCGAGUUGAAACCCACCAAAACCCCUCAGUUGCCCCGACCCAAUUCCGAUUCCAAAAGCUCCAUCGUCCGACGAGCGAUCUUCCUUCUCUCCCUCUACCUCUCCCUCGGGGUCAUAAUCUAUUCGCUUAGCCGGGACAAGUUUUCCGGGUCGGAGACCCACCCGGUGGUCGACGCACUCUAUUUCUGCAUCGUCACCAUGUGCACAAUCGGGUACGGCGACAUCGCUCCUUUAACCCCUGGUACGAAGCCGUUCGCCGUUGUGUUUGUCCUGUUUGGUUUCGGGUUCAUUGACAUACUGCUGACCGGGGUGGUCAAUCACGUCCUUGAUUUGCAAGAGAGGAUGAUCCUGGCCGGGAUUCGGAUGGGGAAAUCGCAGCAUCAUCAUCAUCAUCAUCGUGAUCACCAUCACCGGGAUAGGUUUUCGGCCAUGAAUUACAUCGUGGAUGUUGUGAAGGGGAGGCCAGACGAUUGCCCGGAUUUAUCCUCUCAAGGUCAGGGUCUGUUUCAUCUCCUGAUUGGAAGAGUUUGUUCGCUGCUUUUCCAUGUGAUGAUUCUGCUCUUCAGGGGAAAAGCCACCACGACCAUUGUUUUCCUGGAUGGCACUUCGUGGUUCGCUGGUGGGCUUUUUCCCAGUGGCAAAUGCAGUUUCGGCGUAGUGGAGAAUGUCGAGAAGAUUCGGGUCUUCUAUGUUGGCUUCCGGGAAGAUGAGGAGUCGAUGGCGGAGAUCCUGUCGGACUACAGGGUUGAGCACUUGAGCCACAUAAAUAUGAGCCAGUGUGGUGGUUAAUGCUCUCUGUAAGAGACCUCAAGCUAGGCUUGCUUUCAUGAUGUAGUAAGUAUUCCCCAUGGAUUUUUGUAGGAAUUUCUUGGUGAGUCUACGAAAACCAUUUGAAGCUGUGGAUGUGUAGAUUUGUUGGCCAUUAAGUAUUAGAGAGACCUCAAGCUAGGCUUGCUUUCAUGAUGUAGUAAGUAUUCCCCAUGGAUUUUUGUAGGAAUUUCUUGGUGAGUCUACGAAAACCAUUUGAAGCUGUGGAUGUGUAGAUUUGUUGGCCAUUAAGUAUUAGACAAAAAGAUUGGUGAAGCACUUACUGUUUGCCUUUACUUGCGGAUUAUCGUUUGCCAAAUCAUGUUAUUCGUUCAGUUGAUAGUACAAUCCAGUCUUUGGAAUCUAUUGCAACUAUCAAGUGUGUGACUUCAUGUUAUACCUGGAAAAUUUCCUUCGUUUCUUCUGUUACAUGUUGCGUGCUUCCUCCUAGCUUCCACUUAGUUGCUUUUGGUUUGGAGGUAGCCUUAGUAGAUAAGAAAAAUUGAAUUAUCCUUAAACACAGCAAGGUGCAAGCAACUGGCCAUGUGGAAAGUGCAUAAAUGGUGAUGAUCAUGAUUGAAAAUAUUUUUAAGUUCUCACUGAUUCUCCUAUAUAACAAUGUUUGAUGGAUCUACAAGGGACCAUGCUGCGGGUGGUUCUUAAGAGGCAGGAGUGUGGAAUUUUAUGAGUUCCGAACCUUCAGAUUAAAUGUUUGUGCACUCAAAGCUAUCCUCUUUUUUUUUUUUUUACCAUGUAGAGCUUUUGUUAUUCUUUUCAUUUGGUGGCAGUGGUUUAUAAAUUGCUUUUGGAUUCUAUUUGUGGUAAAGUUAUUUGGGGUGCUCAAGAGUACUCUUUAUGCUGUCUUAGUCCACUGUAGUUUAUACAUGAAUUGAUAUGAUGAGUAUGAGUUUAGACUUGAAGGAAGGGGCCUGAAGAGGAUGCUUGAGGACUAAAGGUUUAGUGAUCUGCAAUUUAAUUAAAGAAGUAUGUGGUUAUUCAUAUUAUUGAUUUUGGUGCAGUAUUGGGUGAAGCUGUUUGGAAUGGCAGCAGGGGCCAACCUCAUCUCACAUAAGGUUGUAUGCAAGCUGUGCUGGUGUGGGACGUGGGUGAAGAGCGGAAAGAUGGAGCGCCAGAUGCUGAGUAGCAGUUUUAGGAUGGAGAACUUGAUAAUCGUCUGCAUGGUAUGCAGUUGGUGAUAAAGUUAGCUUUCUUAGUUAUAUCACUGUAUGACAUGAGAGUUGAUCUUCUAAGGUUGUAUGCAAGUUGUGUUGUAAGUUGUUUUUUUUUCCCCUCUGUUUUCCCAAAUCUUUUGUAACAUACCAUUAUGAUUUCGAAUAUUUUACUUGAUUAUUAGAAGAGAACAUCAGAUUAGCUAAGCUGCUAAAUUGUGAAACUCAGUUUUGUGUUCUUACCUAGCAUCUUUGUACUUAUAUCUUCCUUUUAUUGAUAUAAAUUUUCGUUUUUUAAA